AUGGGGAGCUCGGGAAUCCCAGUGCCUACCUCGGCUCGAGCUGCGGUGCUGCGGGAUGGGGGCUCCGCGGUGGCCUGUGCUCGCGGCGGCGGCAAUGGCGGGAGUGGUGCUAGGAGGUCAGGGAGGCGGCUGCGGAGCUCGGGCUGGGGAUGUGGUGCGGAGGAGCGGCGCCGGGGCCUUUAUAGGCGUGAGAGGCGGUGGAGGUUUGGCGGGAUGCGGCGGAGGCCGGCGACCGAGUUGAUGGCGGUGGGGCUGGCUUGGCGCUGUGCGGCCGUCAACGGGGGGGCGGGCGCGCAUGGCGAGGUGACGCGACGCUGCGGCCAGGCGGCGACCGCUGCAGGCGGCGCUGUGCCGGAGUCGCCGCCGCUGUGCAGCGUCAAUGGCGGCGGUGUUCGCGCGGCAGGCGGGCCGGUGCCGUGGCUCGACGCGUCGCGGCUCGGCGAGCGCGUGCACGCGCACGCGUGCACACGACCGGCCCGGGGCGCGGGCACGCGGCCAGGGAGCGGCUCGGGUGCAGCAGGGCGCAGGCGAGCGGGUCCGGGCGGCGGUGUGCGCGUCGCGGCGGGCGCGGGCUAG